AUGAAGUGGAUUACUCUCACAAUCGCGCUUGUCGGCUCAUCCCAAGCAGCCCUUCGAUUUGGAUGUUCAACACUAAGCAUCCAACGUCUUGAUCCUCUCGUAGAACCCGGAAAGACUCCAUCAGCGCAUCUUCAUCAAAUCGUAGGCGGAAAUGCUUUCAAUGCAAGCAUGGCCGGUGAUAUUGGCGAGCAGGGAACUUGCACAACGUGUACUUUCACUGAAGAUUUCUCGAAUUACUGGACGGCGACCAUGUUCUUCAAACAUACCAAUGGCUCCUACAAACGUGUUCAGAUAAUGCAGAAUACAGCGUUGCCUAACGGAAUCAAUGGUGGAAUGACCAUCUAUUACACGCAGAAAUAUUUCAGUUCCAACGGGAAAGCGAAGAUUACCUCCUUCAAACCGGUGAGUGUAAAUUCCUAUAUUUUUGGUGUAGAUUACUAACGCUUCCAGGGCUUCCGUAUGACAGUUGGUACUCCGACGACUGAUACUUUGGAUAGCGCAAAGAAACAUGUGGGACUUCGCUUCGUUUGUCUAGCAGAUAAGGGAACCAGAUUUCCUGAGCUUCCUGACUUUCCGACGAAAGCAUGCAAAGGCGGAAUCAUGACUGUUCACCAUUUCCGUCCAUUCUCGGUAAUCUCUAACGAGAUAUAGAUGCUGGGAUGGCAAAACUCUCGACCCUCCUGAUCACCAGUCACACAUGUACAAUACAGUGAAAGAUGCAUUUGCCGAAGCAGGACCUUGUCCAUCCACACACCCUGUUCGUGUACCACAAGUCGCGUAUGAAACAUUGUGGGAUACGACUCAGUUCAACAAUAUGUGGCCGGCGAAUGGCUCGAAUCCAUUCGUAUUGAGUUACGGUGACAACAAGGGCUAUGGUACGCAUGCCGACUAUGUAUUUGGUUGGAAAGGCGACUCCCUCCAGAGAGCUAUGGAUUCUUCUUGUAUGUUCCAAGCUUGCGAGGGUGGGAAGCCUCUCAAGUCGCAGGGCGUUGCGGAUAUGAACAAGUGUGCUGUCAAGAGCUCUGUCAAAGAGAAUCUUGAUGGAUGUAAGUUGGAGAUAUGAUUCUUCUGGUUAUGUAAGGAACUAACGAAUUAUGAAUAGGGCUCCCGCAGCUCCCAUCGGGUUCUAUGGCGAUGGAAUGA